ACAUUAAAGAGUUAAUAUUGUAGAUGGUUAAUAGUGAGCUGGCUAAAUGCGACCAUGACGUGUAACCAUAUUUAAAAAAAAGAAGGAAUGACCACAGAUUUUUAUUUACGCCUAAAGUUGUUUGGUUGGCUAAGUAAACCCUGAGGUACUUAGCCAACUAUAAAUGUUUAAGAACAGAUUUUUGUAAUAAUAAUUAACCUCUUUUCUUUUGUUUUUAAACAUGUUUACUACAAAAUCGUUUAUUAAAAAGAAUAAAAUUGGUAAUUUCCUUAAGAACGUUAGAGAACACUACAUUAGAGAUGAUAUCUACUGUGGAGUUCCCACUUGUAAUAAGUGUAAAAAUGUUUCCACCAGCAACUUAUCUUCUGCACACGUUAAUAAAUGUUCGUUAUUUAAAUUCAACCAUUUUAUUAUCUUGGAUACCAAUAUAAUUUUAGACCAGAUAGACGUACUGGAAGAACCUUUUAUUUGCAAUGUAAUAAUUUUAUACACGGUACUAAAGGAAGUAAAACAUCGAAGUUUACCGAUUUAUAAGCAACUGAAUGCUAUAAUUGAAAAUCCAAGCCGACAUUUUUAUGUUUUUAUUAAUGAUCAUCAUAAGGAUACAUAUUUACUUGAAUCAGAAGGAGAACUAAUAAACGAUUAUAAUGAUAGAUGUAUAAGAAAAGCCUGUUCCUGGUAUAUUAAUCAUCUUCCUGAAGCAAAAUUUGUGUUUAUUACAGAUGAUAAUAAUAACAGAAAGUUAGCUAUUGAAGAAAAUAUUCCAGCUUGUUCAAUAACUGAUUACGUAAAACAUCUUGAUAGUAGCUCUCUGCUAGAAGAUAAGUUAUCUAGAAAAGAUCACGGUCCCAAAGAGGGAAUUGAUAUUUUCCCACCUCAUUUAUCACAUGGACAAUUACUAAAAGGUGUCAAAGAAGGCCCUUUGCAUCAAGGGACUUUUAGGGCAUCAAGAGACAACUUUCUAGAAGGAUUUGUUAAUGUUGAAGGUUAUGAGGACUCAGUAUUAUUACAAGGGAGGAAUGGUUUGAAUAGGGCUGUUGAUGGAGAUAUAGUGGCUGUAAAAAUCUUUAAAAAAGAUGAUUGGGUUUGUCCCAGUGGGAUAAUAUUGGAAGAUGAAGGAGUGUCAGGAGAAAAUAUUGAAGAUGUUGAAGAGAAAGAGAAGGCUUUAAAGAAAUCACAAAUUACACAAAAUAAUUCUGAGAUUAGACCAACUGGUAGAGUGGUAGGCAUUAUAAGGAGGAAAUGGAGACAGUACUGUGGCAUAUUACAAGGUGCUUCUGAAGGCUUGUUCCAAAUAUUUGUACCUGCCGAUCGAUCCAUACCAAAAAUCAGAAUAGAAACACGGCAAGGGGAAUUUUUGAAAUCUCAGAAGUUUAUUGUGACUAUUGAUUCCUGGCCAAGAUAUUCUAGGUAUCCACAUGGUCAUUUUGUGAGAGCUCUAGGUAGAAUAGGCAGUCAAGAAACCGAAAAUGAAGUUGUUCUACUGGAGCAUGAUGUGCCCCAUAGUCAAUUUUCUGAAGAAGUGUUGAAUUGUUUGCCAAAAUUGCCAUGGAUUAUCACAGAAGAAGAUGAAAAAAAACGUGUAGAUCUAAGGAGCAUUGAUAUAUGUUCUGUAGAUCCACCAGGAUGUACCGAUAUUGAUGACGCUCUACAUUGUAGACCUGUUGAUGGAAAAUUAGAGGUUGGAGUACAUAUAGCAGAUGUUUCGCAUUUUAUAAGACCAGGAACUGCAAUUGAUCUAGAAGCAGCUUCAAGAGCUACAACUGUGUAUUUAGUGAAUAAAAGAAUUGACAUGGUGCCAGAAUUAUUGAGUUCAAAUUUAUGUUCCUUACGCGGUGGUGAAGAAAGAUUUGCUUUUUCCUGUAUAUGGGAAAUGGACCAUGAAGCAAAUAUACUGAAUACCAGGUUCCACAAAAGUAUUAUUAAAUCAAAGAGAGCUAUGACUUAUGAGGAAGCUCAGUUAACCAUCGACGAUAAAACUAAGACUGAUUCUUUGGCUGAAUCUUUGAGAAAUCUGAAUAAAUUAGCGAAAAUUUUGAAAAAAAGACGUCUGGAUAAUGGAGCUUUAGUGUUGGCUUCGACGGAAGUUAAAAUCCUUAUGGAUUCCGAAACUAUGGAGCCUCUGGAUGUGGAAGCGAAGAAAAUGUUUGAAACCAACUCAAUGGUUGAAGAAUUCAUGUUAUUGGCUAAUAUAAGUGUGGCCCAGAAGAUUUUACAGGACUUCCCCGAUUGUGCGAUGCUCAGAAGACAUCCCACGCCACCCGCGUCGAAUUUCGAGCCUUUGGUUAAAGCAGGAAAGCAUUUGGGUUUUGAUAUUCAAAUUGACUGUGGAAAAAACUUAGCCACAUCUUUAGACAAUGCAGUUAAACAUGACAAUCCGUAUCUGAACACAAUGUUAAGGAUGUUAGCGACAAGAUGCAUGCUGCAAGCGGUGUAUUUUGCCAGUGGGACAUUACAAAAAGAAGAUUACUUCCAUUAUGGCUUGGCUGUUCCAUUGUACACCCAUUUUACAUCUCCUAUCAGAAGAUAUGCUGAUGUUAUCGUUCACAGGCUGUUAGCUGUGAGUUGUGGUUCUGAUUGCACUUACCCAGAUUUAUUAGACAAACAAAAAACUACGGAUUUAUGUCAGAAUUUGAACUACAGAAAUAGAAUGGCACAGUAUGCAGGGAGGGCUUCAGUAGCUUUUAAUACACAUUUGUUCUUCAAAGGCAAAUUAAAUGAUGAGGAGGGGUACAUUUUAUAUGUGAGGAAAAAUGCUUUACAAAUAUUAAUUCCAAAGUAUGGUUUAGAAUGUACACUUUAUCUGGUUAAAAAAGGUGAAGAAAGUUUGUUUGAAUACAAUGAAGAGGACCAAACACAGCGGGCUGGUAAUGUAGUGCUCCACACUUUUGACCCAGUAACUGUUCGCUUAAAAUUGGAUUCAACCAAUAUUCAACACGAAAAAUUCACAUUACAACUUGUUAAACCAUUUAUUGAAGGCUUUAGUGUAUCACCAAUGAAUGAGCUUGAAAGUAAUAAAAUGGAUGUUGACAGCACUCCAAAAAUAAACAAAAAACGAAAGAGCGAGAACUCGAAAAGUAGCAAGAAAAAUAAACCUAAAUAAGUUUUUGUAAUUAAAAAAUUCAAUGACUAAAGAAUACAAGGAUAAGUAGCACCCGAGACUAAACUGUGACCAUUCUUCCAAACAGUGCCGUGGCACAUAUUUUUCUUAACAUAGCCGCUUGAAGCGAUAUUUAUAUUUUUGAUAAAUAUUUUCACUACGCCUAGUGUAUCCGGUGGUAUCAUACUAAUUAAUUACGAAAAAAA